AUAUUCCUGAAGCCCUGGUCCAAGGGCAACAUCAGUGAUGAGGAGAUUGCUGAGCUGGAGGAGCUAUUCCAAGUCUACUUUUUUCUAUUUACUCAAGAAAUACAGGGGUAUGCCAGUGAAUUCCAGCUGGAAUACCCCUUUGAGAUCCAGGGCAUAGCAGGCUGUGAGCUACGUUCUGGGGGGUCCAUAGGAAGCUUCUUGAGGGGAGCUUUAGGAGGAUUGGAUUUCCUGAGCUUCGAAAAUGAUACAUGUGUGCCUUCCCCAGAAGGUGGCAUCAGGUCACGGAUAUUCUGCGCACUAAUCAUGCAAUAUAAAAUUGUCAUCUAUAUUGUGAAGAAGCUCCUCUUAGAAACCUGCCCCCGAUAUCUCUUGAGCGUCCUCUAUGCAGGGAAGGCAGAGCUGCAAAGGCAAGUGAAGCCCGAGGCCUGGCUGUCAAGCAGCCCCAGUCCUGGGCCUGGUCGUCUGCUGCUGGUGUGCCACGUUUCAGGAUUCUACCCAAAGCCCGUGUGGGUGAGGUGGAUGCGGGGUGAGCAGGAGCAGCCGGGCACGCAGCAAAGUGACCUCCUGCCUAAUGCUGACUGGACAUGGUAUCUCCGAGCGACCCUGGAUGUGGCAGCUGGGGAGGCGGCUGGCCUGUCUUGUCGGGUGAAGCACAGCAGUCUAGAGGGCCGAGACAUCAUCCUCCACUGGGGACACCCCAUCUCCAUUGGCUUGAUCUUUUUGGCAAUAAUAGUGCCCCCCUUGAUCCUUUUGCUGUGCCUCGCAUUAUGGUAUAUGAGGCGUCGAUCAUAUCGGGAUAUUCCUUGA